AAUCUUUGAUAUGUUACCCCAUUAUGCUCGCAUAUUUUACUUUAUAAUGCUAAAAUCUCUAAAAAAAAAUAAAAAAAAUUCCAUCAUCUGUCUGAUGCAUGACAUUUUCUUAAUGAUCUGAUGAUCUAUCUUUCAUUUCCAGUCAUUUCUUUCUUCCAGAAAUUUGGAAGAAAUUAAGAAUGGCGAGGCCGGUAAAAAGAAGAAGAGGAAGACCGUUUAAGUACUCUGCCUCACAACUUCCUCCUGAAUUUUUCAAGGUUUAUCUGCCAGAACACAAUUCUAAGCAAUUGGUAAUACCUCCUGAUUUUAUAAAGAACUUCAUGGGGAAGAUUCCAAUGGAAGUCAUCUUAAAAAACUUGAAGGGAGAAGUUUGGAAUGUGGAGUUGGAAAAAGCUGAAUGCAAGUUACUUAUAAAAAAGGGAUGGGAAGACUUUGUGAUUGGUAAUUCAUUAGCACGAGGAGAGUUCUUGAUCUUUACAUACAAAGGCAAUUCUAUGUUUACUGUCAAAAUAUUCAGUAUCAAUGGUUGUGUGAAGGACGAUGAACCUGUGGUCACCAAUGAACAGCCUCAUGUGAAGGUGAAGCAGGAGCCAAAUUCAGAUCAAAUAUACAGCCAUGAAACUGGUGCCUGUGAAAAGACACAUUUAGAAAGAAGUAGCACGAAUAAUGAAAGAUUGUCUCAAGAUUUGCAUGAAGCAGUGACAAAGGAUGUUCCAGAAAGAACCGUGGAAUCAAAUAAGAUACGAUUUACAAGAGUUCAUAAGGGAAAGAUGUAUGAAUUGCACAUUCCUUCAAGUAUCUUCAGAAAGUAUAAAAUAGAACGACCGGAAAUAAAAAGACCAGAAAUGGUACUUCUGAAGUACCGAAGAGGGAUUUCGCAGACAGUGAAGAUCUUGGGGGGGCGUGACCGUGUUCUGAUCACUUCUGGGUGGAAAGAAUUUAAGUUGAAGAACAAAUUGGUCAAGGGAGAUGAGUAUGAGUUUGAGAUUAGUGUUGGUGAAGGGAGAAAGAUCAAAGAGAUCGAGCUGUUGAAAAUUCUCCCUAGAAAGACAGUAACUACUCGAAAACGCAAGAAGAUAACUCUGAGGCCUAGAAACAGUUGAAUGUAUCAUGUAUAUGUAUACUGAUGCACAUAUGCCAUGUACCCGAACAUAAGCAUACUGUUAGGUGUGAAAGGCACUUUUAUAGAACGCUUGGAAUAAAAGUUAUGAAACCGGUUUCUAUCUGCA